AGCGCUAGCGGAAACACAUUUCUACCAAGCAUGGCGGCGUCGAAGAGUAGCUGCUGGAAAGCUCCCGAUGUUUACAAACACCACGAACAGCGAAAAGUGUGCAUUUCUCGACCUAAAUAUCGAGAGGGGAGGAAAGCCAGGGCCGUAAAGGUGUACACCAUCAAUUUGGAGUCGUGUUACGUGAUGGUCCAAGGGGUUCCCGCGAUUGGAGUUAUGACUGAGCUCAUACAGCUGUGUGCUUUGUAUGGAGUCGUGCAAGAGUAUAGGCCCUUGGACGAGUACCCCGCGGAGGAGUUCACGGAAGUCUACCUGGUCAAGUUCCAGAAGCUCACUAGUGCCAGAGCUGCCAAACGGCACAUGGAUGAGAAGAGUUUCUAUGGCGGUGUGCUGCAUGUUUGCUACGUCCCUGAAUAUGAGACUGUGGAGGACACCAGGAUGAAGCUGCAGGACCGGAGGAGAUACGUAAUGAGGAUGGCGGAAAAGAGAGCCCAAGAGAGGGAGCAGGAAGCGGCAAUGAACAAGGAGCCCACAUCAGCAGAACCCACACCGGCUGUCAUCCCCACUCACUAUGAAGCGAGUGCCCAUGACAGUGAAGGAGCAUGUUGGAACGUGGACGAUCAUUCAUCCUUUCCUCUACUGCCACUUCCUCCUCAGGAACAUCACAACAACACACACAAAAGACACCAUGGGCCUGUACCAACAGAGGACAAAAUGGGGACAUUGCACAAUGCCAUCGCUGAUGCGAAAGAGGAGGCGGCCGCAUCAAACUUAAACCACUGCCAAAAACACUCACAUAAAUCUUUAGGUCCACGCGUUAGACUGACUUCGAAUCAGCCGUCUGCGGUCACGUUUGUACCGCGGACAACACACUUGGAGAGCAGAAAACGCAAAAUGGAAGAGCUUGUGUCACACUCGCCGGUUGAGCUUGUUGGAAAAAAUGAGCCACUCAUUGGACCAAAACUUGAGGACACUCCUAAAGUGGACAUGGACGACGAUUCGCUGAACACAACUGUCAACCUGAUAAGGAACACAAUGAAACAGGUGGAAUCGGUUCCUGACCUCAAACCAGUGGGGAAAAAGAUUAAACCACGUCGGCGAAUUUGAUCGUGACUUGAUAUUCUCAUCCCAAAUAUUCAUAAAACAACCACUGAAAUUACUUCUUUUAACAUCUUUUGGAUUUGUUUACACAUUUUUGCAUGUUCUUUCCAUGCUUGUGUGCACUCUAAAACAGUUGGGUUGAAUCAUUAACUCAAUUUUUUAAUUGUUUGUGCUGGGUCAAAAUUUUGGGUUAUUUCUUAUGAAAGUAAUGAAAUUGUUGGUUCAAAUUAAACAACGACUUUUCAAGCAA